GUACUGAGGCUGGCGCUGCUGCAGACCAAAGAUCCAGCGCUGGCAACCUCUCCUCGCAUCCCCCUGCACCCCGCAGCCAUGAGCCAGCAGGAGAACAGCAGGCCGCGGCUCAAGAGGAAUUCCUCGGCUCCCUCCAGCACGCCGGAACGGGACCUCAACCUCCGCCGGCCUCCUCUCCGACGUGGAAGUUCCUUCACCUUUCUGACCCCUGGACCAUGGGAUUUUACUUUGAAGAAAAGAAAACGGAGGGCGAAAGAUGACGAUGCCAUCAGUCUUUGCAGCUUAGAUGUUAAGGAACCAAGCAACAAACGGGUCCGACCAUUAUCCCGAGUGACAUCUCUGGCAAAUUUAAUAUCGCCCUCAAAAAAUGGAGCAGUCAGGCGCUUUGGACAAACGUUGCAGAGGUCCAUCACUUUCCGUAGUGACAACAAAUCUCCAGGUUGCCCUCAAAAGAUGUGCAGCAAAGCUUCCGCACCAACCCCACCCAAAAGACGCAACAGCAAAUUGUGGUCGGAGACACUUGACCUGAGCACAAAACAGAACUUCUCUUCAAAGGAAAUUAAACGACAAGAGGCUAUAUUUGAACUUUUUCGAGGAGAACAGGAUUUAAUUGAAGACUUGAAAUUAGCAAGAAAGGCUUAUCAUGACCCAAUGUUGAAGUUGUCCAUCAUGACGGAAGAAGAAUUAACGCAGAUAUUUGGAGCACUUGAUUCUUAUAUCCCACUGCAUGAAGAACUGCUAACCAAGCUUGCCAAAGUCACAAAACAAGAUGGGACAGUGGAAGAAAUUGGACACAUUCUUGUGAAUUGGUUGCCAAGGCUCGAUGAAUACAAAGAAUACUGCAGUAAUCAACUGGCAGCAAAAGCACUCUUGGAUCAAAAGAAGCAGGACAAGAGAGUGCAGGAUUUCCUUCAGCGCUGCCUGGAGUCGCCCUUCAGCAGGAAGUUGGACCUCUGGAGUUUCCUGGAUAUUCCUCGCAGCCGUUUGGUCAAGUACCCGCUGCUGCUGAAGGAGAUUUUGCGGCACACGCCUUGCGGCCACUCGGACCAAAAGAAUCUGGAGGAUGCAAUUGGCAUCAUUCAAACUGUUCUAUCGGACAUCAAUGUGAAAAAAGGGGAGUCUGAUUGUCAGUACUACAUAGACAAACUGGAUUACCUGGAUGAAAGACAGAAGGAUCCACGAAUAGAAGCUAGCAAAGCCCUUCUUUGUCACGGGGAGCUGCGAAACAACAGGGGAACAAAACUAUACGUCUUCCUAUUCCAAGAAAUUUUAGUACUGACUCGCCCAGUAUCCCGUAAUGACCGUCAGUGUUACCAAGUAUACCGUCAACCAAUGCCCGUGAAAGAUCUUCUGCUGGAGGAUCUACAGGACGGCGAUACCAAAAUGGGCGGCUCCUUCAGAGGUGCCUUCAGCAAUUCAGACAAAGCCAAAAACAUCUUCAAAGUUCGUUUCCAACAUACAACGCAAGGACAGUCAUCUCACACGCUGCAAGCCAAUGACAUCUACAACAAGCAACAGUGGUUGAAUUGCAUACGAAAUGCCAUUUCACUCUACCAGCCAACUCCUUGCCCAACAGAUCACAAGGAGCUCUCUGAAUUGGUUGAAGAACCCGGGCAAGGCUCGCCGCAAACCCCAGACCUUCCAGAGGAAGGGCAGACGCCCACCCCCUCCGAAGGACAGGAGAUGGCAGAUAGUGGUUCAGAAACUGGCUCUAACAUGGACACAAGUGAUUCUGAAUCGAGCAGCAUGAGAAGCAGCCUAGAGAGUGAAGACUCAGUGGAGCCGUGUGAUUCCAUGUCAAGAACCAGCACUGACAUGGACGAGAAGCAGGAUCAAACGACAAAGAGAACAGAAACAUUAGUGUGAACACUUCUGUUCUUGGCUGUGAAGUGGACUUUAUUUAUACUUCUGUACAAUGUUUGUACCUGUGGUGAAGCACUCAGAUUAAUUUGCCGAUCUUUUUUUUGCUCACUCGCUCCCUACGUGAAAUUUUAUUUUUGGCAGCUAUUAAAUCCAGUCAUCUUUGAACUACUGGUUCUUCUCCAAAAUGACAAAAAAUCUCUUAGUAACCCAAUAGUAGUGUUUUAAAAUUACUGGGUUAUUUGCUGUAAUAAAUUUUGGUUUAAAAACCUUGUUGCAGUCUUGUAAAUGGCAUCUACUGUCUUAACCAAUAUUUUUGUAUUGUACAUUCCCUUUGGCCAUCUGUGUAUCCUGCAGGUAUUCUAAAGUUUAAUAUUUUUUGUAGUCCCAAACCUUUUUUGUUACAUUUAAUGCAAAGAGUUCUCACAUUAAUAUCAUUUAGAGGAGAACAGUCCCCUCAGAGAUAAAGUACUUUUUGAUUUAUUAUAUAUACUUUUUAAGAUUAUAAAAUGUGUCCUUUUUUUGUUGACGUCAUGCAAUUCAGUCUAUGAGCCAUUCCUGUAAUUGUGUUGAAUACCAUUUGUCUGCUAUACUAUCUUUUUGUCCGUGCAAGCAUGUAAAAAUUGUUUUGUGUUUUGGACUACUACGAGAGAAUUGCCAAGGAAAUAUUGAAAGAUGCCAGUAAGUUGCAGAAGGUUAGAAGAAUGUGUAUCUAAUGGAUUUUGAAGUAAGUUGCUUGAUGGGAAACAAUUAGCAGCUGGCCACGACGCGACUGUUUGAGAGAGUUCGCAAGUGGCUGCAAGGUUUAAACAUUCAAUCGUGUUGCCCUAUGGCAGGGUAGGAUUGAAUUGGGAACAUUGAGUGGAACAAGUGCUGUAAGGUAGUCAGUGCUGAAAAGGAGUUUGGAAAGUGACUGUGUAUAAAUUACACAUGACAAGGUGGUAAAAGAUUGAUGGGCAUUUCUCUAAUGUACAGAUUGGAUUCAAAUGUACAAAUAAACUGGAAAAUUGUAAUCUGUAAAAA